AAUAAAUUAAUAAUUUAUUCAUUAAAAAGAGAAAGACAAAAACACCCUUAGAGACCUUUUACUUUUGGUGGCUCCUUUCUUUUCUCCUAUUUACCCAACAUCAGCAGAUCCUCCCCUAACCAAUUCAAAAUUUAAAACCAAAUCCACACAUCACCUCUCUCUCUCUCUCUCUCUCUCAAGUCUUAAUUUUCCAAAAGACUUUUUUUUCCAAAUUAUCCGUUGCAGGCCAUCACCUGCAACCGGCUACACCUAGCUCCUGUGCGGCCACAAUCCGCUCACUUCUCCCAUCCUAGCCGGUCACUCCCCGGUCACCCGUCGCUUAAAAACGAAAGCCUUCCUAAAAGCAGUCGAUCCAGCGGCUCUCUAUCUCAUUGGUGACGAAAUCAUGAACGGUCCAGGGACGCUCGUUACGGUGCUGAUCGUACUGUUCAUGCUUUUUCUGGCGGCCAUGCUCGCCGAGCUCUGCUACAUCCUCUGGUGCCGGAGAAGGUUCCGACGACAGACAGUCACAGCCGAAGACCCGGAGUUUCACGGCGAUCGUCUCUCAUACGCGGCAACCACGCCCUCCAAGGAGCACCUCUGUUUCUCCUGCUUGAAAACCCAGUCCCGAGUCGAACCCGGCGGAGCUCCCGAGUCGACGCCUCCGUCGCCGGAAGUAGCAGACGUGCUAAAAUGGCAUAUGUACGGACCGUCGAGGGUUCUGUACACUAUAAAAGAAGAGGAGAGAGAGGGUAUGGAAUCCGAGAAGUGUUCUUCGGCAGAGAAAGAGCCGAAGACCAAAACGGUGUUGUUGGAAGAGUGCUUUGAGGUGGCCCGAAGCUUAGCGGAGGCGACUGCAACGGUGGGUGUGAGCGAAACGACGCCAUUUUCCACGCCUUGUUCUUCGCCGCCCUACUACACUCCGCCCCCUUCGCCGUCUCGUGAGCCGGAAAAUGCGGUCUGGAUUCAGCUGGACUCGCCGAAAAACGAUCAAGGUUCCUCGUGUAUUGAUAUUUCCGGAAUUAUUAACGGUGUGUGAAUUUCAGGCCGGAAAUGGACGGAGAAUGAAAACGGUGGUCGGUGAAAAGCGUCGGCCGGCCAUAGAUGCCGCAGUACUUGCUGAACAGUUCAUCUUUAUGUUUUAAUAAUUUUUUGUGGUGUAUAUAGGGCGAACUAAUGUUUGAUUGGAUGUUUUGUUUCGUUGCGUGCCACAUUGUGUGCUUCUGCCAAAUGCAAGCUGUGUUUUUAUGAGCAUUUA